AAGAGGAGAGAGAGAGAGAGAGAGAGAGAGAAUGGCGAGAAGAGUAUGAGAUUUCAAAACGCAAGAGAGAGAAAGUGGGAAGAAAGAAAGAGAUAGAGAGAGAGAGUCUAGAGAGAGAGAGCUUCUCCCACAUUUCCCCUUUCCUUGCAUUCGUUUUCUUGCUUGGCUCGCAGUUCGCUCGAUAUCUCUUAAUCCCUCAAUUUCAGUUUCCUCCAAAGAAACGAGAGAUAGAGCGAGCGAGAAACCCAUCCACACCAAACGAGAUCGUUUUGGUUCCCGAAUUCCCAAUUCCUAGGGUUUCAAUCAGAUCCGUCGGUCUCCCUCUCAGAUCUUUGAUCCUCAACCCUCUGCUGCGAUGGAGGCGAUCGAGGAAUUGUUGCAGCUAUCAGACUCGAUGCGGCAAGGCACCGCUAUCCUUGCCGACGAAGAUGUGGACGAGAACACAACCUCCUCUCGCAGGGCUUCCAGUUUCCUUAACGUCGUCGCUCUCGGCAAUGUUGGUGCGGGUAAAUCAGCAGUUUUGAACAGUUUGAUUGGACAUCCUGUUUUGCCAACUGGUGAAAAUGGUGCUACUCGAGCUCCCAUUAGCAUUGAUUUGCAGAGGGAUGGUUCCUUGAGCAGCAAAUCUAUUAUAUUGCAGAUUGACAAUAAAUCUCAGCAAGUUUCUGCAAGUGCUUUACGGCAUUCUCUGCAAGGUAGGCUGGGAAACGCCACAGGAAAAACCCGUGAUGAAAUUAAUUUGAAGCUACGAACAAGUACAGCCCCACCGCUCAAAUUGAUUGAUUUACCUGGGCUUGAUCAAAGGAUCAUGGAUGAGUCUAUGAUUAGUGAAUAUGCUGAGCACAAUGAUUCAAUUUUGCUUGUUAUAGUUCCUGCAUCUCAAGCACCUGAAGUUGCUUCAUCUCGAGCCCUCAGAGUCGUCAAGGAGUAUGAUGCAGAUGGUACCAGAACUGUUGGUGUUAUUAGCAAGAUAGACCAAGCUGCUUCAGAUCAGAAAGCACUUUCUGCAGUCCAGGCUCUUCUGUUAAAUCAAGGACCAUCAAGAGCAUCUGAUAUCCCUUGGGUUGCUUUAAUAGGUCAAUCAGUUUCAAUAGCUUCUGCACAGUCUGGAGGUUCUGAAAGUUCUCUAGAAACCGCCUGGAGGGCUGAAAGUGAAAGUCUGAAGUCUAUUUUGACCGGAGCUCCUCAAAGUAAGCUAGGCAGAAUAGCGUUGGUGGAUGCUCUGGCACAGCAGAUUCGUAGCCGUAUGAAAGUUCGACUUCCAAACCUCCUUUCUGGGUUACAAGGGAAGUCUCAAAUAGUUCAGGAUGAGUUAGUAAAGCUUGGUGCAUCUAUGGUGCAGAGUGCUGAGGGUACCAGAUCCCUAGCUUUGGAGCUUUGCCGUGAGUUUGAGGAUAAGUUUCUCCAACACAUUACAACUGGUGAGGGUUCUGGAUGGAAAAUUGUUGCAAGUUUUGAAGGAAAUUUCCCAAAUAGAAUAAAACAACUCCCAUUAGACCGACAUUUUGAUAUCAAUAAUGUGAAGAGGAUUGUGUUGGAAGCAGAUGGUUAUCAACCUUAUCUCAUAUCCCCUGAAAAGGGGUUGAGGUCUUUAAUAAAAGGGGUCUUAGAGCUUGCAAAGGAGCCAUCACGUCUUUGUGUGGAUGAGGUACAUCGUGUCCUGGUGGAUAUAGUUUCUGCUGCUGCUAAUGCUACGCCAGGUCUUGGAAGAUACCCUCCUUUCAAGAGGGAGGUUGUGGCCAUUGCAAGUGCUGCAUUGGAUGCGUUUAAGAAUGAAGCAAAGAAAAUGGUGGUUGCACUUGUAGAUAUGGAGCGUGCUUUUGUGCCUCCCCAACACUUCAUUCGCUUGGUGCAAAGGAGGAUGGAGAGGCAGCGUAGAGAGGAAGAAGUGAAAAAUCGAUCUUCGAAGAAAGGACAAGAGGCAGAGCAAUCAAUAAUGAAUCGGGCAACUAGUCCUCAAACAGGGGGGGAACAAGCUGGUGGAAGCAUGAAAUCAAUGAAGGAUAAGGAUAAAUCUGGUAAAGACAGCAAAGAAUUACAGGAGGCAACUGGUUUGAAGACUGCAGGUCCUGAAGGAGAAAUAACAGCAGGUUUCUUGUAUAAAAAAAGUGCCAAAACUAAUGGAUGGAGCAAGCGAUGGUUUGUUUUGAAUGAAAAGACUGGAAAGCUUGGUUACACCAAAAAGCAAGAGGAGAGACACUUCCGUGGUGUCAUCACUUUGGAGGAGUGUAAUAUUGAAGAGGCUUCAGAUGAGGAUGAACCACCUCCAUCAAAGAGCUCAAAGGACAAAAAGUCAAAUGGACCAGAAAAAUCACCCAGUCUUGUGUUUAAGAUAACUAGCAAAGUUCCAUAUAAAACUGUUCUGAAGGCGCACAGCGCCGUUGUGCUAAAGGCAGAGACUGUGGCAGACAAGCUAGAGUGGAUAAAUAAGAUUGGAAAGGUUAUUCAACCUUCUAAAGGACUAAUGAGGGGUGCUUCAACUGAAGGUGGUCCUACAAUGCGACAAAGUCUUUCUGAUGGUUCUCUUGAUACAAUGACUCGAAGACCUGCUGACCCUGAGGAAGAACUCCGGUGGAUGUCUCAAGAAGUUCGCGGUUAUGUUGAAGCUGUUUUGAAUAGUUUGGCUGCUAAUGUCCCUAAGGCAGUUGUUCUUUGCCAAGUUGAAAAGGCCAAGGAAGACAUGUUAAAUCAGCUAUAUAGCUCUGUCAGUGCUCAAAGCACAGCAAAGAUUGAAGAGCUGCUUCAGGAGGAUCAGAAUGUGAAGCGGAGGAGGGAGCGCUACCAGAAACAGUCAUCACUCCUUUCCAAACUUACACGCCAACUCAGCAUUCAUGACAACCGAGCAGCUGCUGCAUCCAGCUGGUCCAACGGUGGUAGUGGUGCACCAGAAAGCAGCCCAAGAUCUUCAUCCAAUGGUGCAUCAGGUGAUGACUGGAGAUCCGCCUUUGAUGCUGCCGCUAAUGGCCCAGUUGACCGUAGUUCUUCAUUAUCUAGAUCUUCAUCCAAUGGUCACAGCCGACAUUAUAGUGAUCCAGCACAAAAUGGUGAUGUGAACUCUGGUCCAAACUCUGGUAGCCGUCGUACUCCAAAUCGGUUGCCACCUGCACCGCCAGGUUCUUCAGGCAGCAGAUACUUUUAGAUGCGCUACUAGACUGAUAUUAAUUGAUGAUUUAUAUUUUGCUUUGCAUGCAUUAUUGGUGGGUGAGGCGGGGCCGCCCUACUUAAUGAUUUUUCUAGUAGAAUAUCCUUUAGGCGAAGAGAGGGUGUGUACAUAGAAGUUUACAUUCCUGCCAGCUUCUUACAGCUUUCCCGAGUAUUACAAGGAUGGGUUCAAGGCUUACUUGAAAACAUUUAUCAUGUAUUUGUCGAUUCAAUUUUUCUUUCUGCUCGUAGAAUUUGUUUUUUUGUUUUUCGUCCAAUUCAUUUUUGGAUACUAAGCUGUAUUUGCCUGUCAUGAUUUUGAUUUUUGAUAUGUAUGUCCAAGCUUUUGAUGGGUUUGUAACAUUUGGAUCUGGAGGAUGCAUAUAUAUUAUAUUUCGCAACGUCAUAUAUUUGGUCUCAA